UUGCGAAUCCUGUCACCAAUUGGAAAGAGGGGGUGGAGCCCGGGCCUUGUCAAGUAUGGCCAACCAGCGAGAGGAGCGGACUUUGGGGGGGUGGAGCCAUGAAGCCCUCCCCCAAUCGCACAAGUGCAGGGGCGGGGCAUUUUUUGGGGGACCCAAUGAGGAACGCGGCCGAAGCUGGCCUGUCAAGAGAAGGGGCUGGGGGCGGGGGGAUGGUGAGUCGGGGAUAAACACUCCGCGGCGGUGGCGGCUGCUGUUCUGCUCCGGGUUCUGUCACAGUGUCGGCGGUGCUCAGCUCACUGGCCCCCUCCCUCUCUUGUCGAGCGUGGUUGCCAGAGAGGCUCCCUCAGCCCUGUUCCGUGGGGUCCACAGCCCGGUCCACAGCGGUCCGGCGGCGGCAGCGAGCCCGUGGGCAGUGGAGGUUGGUCCCGUGGCUCCGGCCCCGGUGCAGAAUGGCGGCGGCGGUUCGGAUGAACAUCCAGAUGCUGCUGGAGGCGGCCGACUAUCUGGAGCGGCGGGAGAGAGAAGCUGAACAUGGUUAUGCCUCCAUGUUACCAUACAAUAACAAGGACAGAGAUGCCUUAAAACGGAGGAACAAAUCCAAGAAGAAUAACAGCAGUAGCAGAUCAACUCACAAUGAAAUGGAGAAGAAUAGACGGGCUCAUCUUCGCUUGUGCCUGGAGAAGUUGAAGGGGCUGGUGCCACUUGGACCCGAAUCGAGUCGACACACUACAUUGAGUUUAUUAACAAAAGCCAAAUUGCACAUAAAGAAACUUGAAGAUUGUGACAGAAAAGCUGUUCACCAAAUAGACCAGCUUCAGCGAGAGCAGCGACACCUGAAGAGGCAGCUGGAGAAACUGGGCAUUGAGAGGAUCCGGAUGGACAGCAUCGGCUCCACUGUCUCCUCUGAGCGCUCUGACUCCGACAGGGAAGAAAUCGACGUUGACGUGGAGAGCACGGACUAUCUCACGGGUGAUCUGGACUGGAGCAGCAGCAGCGUGAGCGACUCUGACGAGCGGGGCAGCAUGCAGAGCCUCGGCAGUGAUGAGGGCUAUUCCAGCGCCAGCAUCAAAAGGAUAAAGCUGCAGGACAGUCACAAGGCAUGUCUUGGUCUCUAAGAGAGGGGGCGCUGCGGCUGCCUCCUUGAAGGUUUUCCCUGUCAGAUCUGAUUAGGUAACGUAUUGGACCUGCCCACAACUCCCUUGCACGUAAACUUCAGUGUCCCACCUUGACCAAAAUCAGCUUUGUAACUGUUUUCAAGGAAGUGCUUAGGAUUGUGGGUUUCUGAUUGCAUCCACUAGCUUCUCUUUUUCUCGCCAUAAAAAUUUGUCUCUGAGAGACUGUACAUUCCAAUGAAUUUGAAGCAUCCAAGAAUUCUUACACCGAAUAAGCAAUGUCCACAUCUCAGCAAUCCCCCUCUUCACUCUCUUCAUGUCCUCUCCCAGACCUUUCUUCCAGUUUUCUGGCUUACUACGUUUCUUGCCUAGGAGGAAUGUCCAAGUGUGUCUUGUGCUUAGGAAACUGAAGGAAACAAACUUUUGAAAUUGAGAUCCUGAUCUCAGAACUCCAAAGUAAGCUUUGAAAGCGGCAUUUAAGAGCACUUAACCAUGGUCCUCACCGCCAGUGAGGAAGUCAGAAAUACCUCUAGAAAACACGCCCUUCACACACAGCGCGUGCUCAUUCCCCCGACGUGCUGCAUGUGGAUGGGAGCAGUAUUUCUCACUUUAAAAUGGACACCUUGAUAGUGUGUCUUUGGGGUUGCACAGCUCAUAAAAGUUCCAAAUUGUUUGUUUUCACAAACAAAACGGUACAAUCUAUUUUUGUGCGACGUUCUUGGGACCUCGCUGUGUUCUGCUAUCUCGAGGCACAUUCUCCCCUCCAAGUUUGUUAAUGCUACUUGUCUCUGGAACAUUUUUUUUUUCCUACCUCAGAGAUAAAUGAGAUCUCCAUUUCCCACUUAACACAAAGUGAUUAUCCUCUUUCUUUUUUUUUCCCCACAGAAUAAGUGACAUUUGGUCCAAUUCUAAUGUAUUUUCCUAUUGAACUUUCAGCAAUAACUGAGCUGUGGCACUAGCAGAGCUAGUGGCCAUUAUCAGUGAAAGAAAAAGUCCACAUUUCUACCCUCUGUUGCAGGUGAACAGGAGAGGAUGGUACACUGUUACUAGAACUCCUCUCUUUAGUGAUUAUUUUUGGACACACCCAGAAACUUCUUUAUGGAGGCUUUUGGGUUGAUAGUUUAAAAGGCUGAUUUUUCUUUUUGGUUAUGAUUUCUCCCUUAAGUGGUCUCCAACUUUGUAGCAUUUUUAUUUAAGCUAAAACAGAGCACAUGUAUAUGUACAUAAGACACAUUAAAUCUAUAAAUACUAUUUAUUCAUUUUAUAUAAACUAAUGUAAUGGAAAAUAAAUUCUUAUGACUUUGUGCUUUUAUAGAUGUUCUAGAAACUUUGUAUGUAGGUAUAUACAAAAUUAGUUCAUUCCCCUGAAUAUUUUUGCAUUCAUAUUUUUGAGGUCUUGAUGUUUUCAGCCUCUGACGAAUCUUUUUCAUUGAAUUUGAACCAUUUGUAAAAUCUGUGAUGCUGAAGCAGAGUGUGUCACAAAGUGAUGAGAACAUUCCUAAAAUCCAUGGACUCACCGCGACCUAAGGGCUCAACGGCUGACUCGGCAGUGGGCAGCCACCCCACGCUCCCCUGCUGGUCUGCGGUCACUCGCACACCAUAGCCUGAAGCUCACCUAGCGCCUGCACCUCGCACACAGCUAAGGUCAAAGUUCAAAUGCACUCCGCAGGGAAGCUCAUUCUGUACCGGAAGAGCAAUCUCACAAAGCAAGAUUACUUUUGUGUGAUUCUUUAAUGUAUUUGUUUAAAUGUUCUGAUUGGAAGUAGUGGAUUCCUAAAUGAUUCCAAAGUCAUCUGUAAUUCUUCUGGUUUUGUUUUGUUCUGUUUUUUCUUCAUUUCAGCUUUGGGUGGGGGGGAGGGACAGGUGACACAAAGGAUUUUUUUUUUUUUUUUUGGAAUCUUUUCCAAUAACCAGCUAAAGAUUUGCACUGAAAUACAACUUGUAUGCCUUUUGCAUUCUUAAAGCCUGCUUCCUGGAUUUAAGCAGAGUGAUAGUGUUCAAAGAGCCAGCUCAGCUGUAACAUGUUUGAAAAAGGUAUGUCUGCACUUUGAGGUCCCUUUUGAACGCCAUUCACCAGACCUCUCAAGCAUUUUGUUUCACUGCUACAUCCAAGCGCCUCACAAGUCCACGAUGCCGGACAGCAUCGAAAACUCAAGACUUUGGAAAAAGCUUGUGGGCUUGCAUUGGGGAAGGGAAGGGAACAAAAUUUGUGUACUUCUUUGUUUAAUUUAGAAAGAAGGCAUCCAAGAGAUGCCGUUAUUUCUGUGUUUCAAUUGUUGUGCCUUUGAGUUAAACUGCAUUUUUGUCUUUUGGUUGAAAUCUGAAAUGUACUGUCCCAAUAUAAAACAGUAACUAUUUGACCUUUGCACUGUUUGUCUGGUCCUUUUCAAUUUGAUUGCGUAUAAAUGUGGAACUUGGUAGCUCUCUAUAUUUUUAAUGCACUUGUGAUAAACUGAUACCAGGGUUAGACAUUACUUUCAAAGCUCGAUGUAGACCGAGUCAGCAUGCUAGACAGGCUUCUCUCUAACCAAAACUGUAAUCUUCAGGACCAGCAAACUCAGCCCAAGGCAGCUAAUCCUCCCUACCCGAUCCUCCACCCGCCCUCCGCGGCUGAUCGGCAGCCCUGAUUUGCCAAUCUGUCCUUUCUCAUUCACUGAUCCACCAGCCUGACUGCUAAGAGCUGUAGUCUUUUCAGUUGUUUUGUCUUUUUAAGCCAGAUGAAAACCUUUCUAUUAGGGAUGUGGGGUCAGGGAGGGGAUGGGCAAAGAUAUAAACCCCAGCCUUUAAGACUUUGACAAUUGUACGUAAAUACAGAUGUGUAUAAAUAUAGGCACAUGCAUAUUUUUAUGUGAAAGUUGAUUUUAAAAAAAGUAAAAAAAUCUAAACUGCACUCUUAUUGAUACCAUCAUAAUGCAAAUGGGAAAAAUAAGAGUACGUAGUCUAAUUUAAUUUCAUGCAGUGAGAAAAUAUAUAUGUGUGCUUCUGUAACAUCCUGAAAACAAAGCUUUCCAUCCCCUGUUUGCUUUGAAUGGUGGGCCAAGCACCCAGGGUAUCUUUAUUUAUUUAUUUUUUCCUUUUCUUUUUUUUUUUUUUUUUUUNUUUUUUUUUUUUUUUUUUUUUUUUGUUAAGCAGAGAUUUCGAAUGGUUCAAGGUGCUGAUAGUAACUGCUGGCUCCUUUCUCUAGUCUCACACCUAAUACCAGUUUAGUAAUUCAAAGUGCAUCACAUUUUUCAGCAGGACGUAGCUUCUCCUUGUCAACCCAAGAUUAAAAUCAUUUCAGUGUUGAUUCAGAACUGGGCAUUAAGUAGACCCUCAACCUGCAGUUGGCCACUUGAGUGUCUCUGGUUUUGUUUUUAUUUUUCAAGGUGGGCAUUUUCCUUUAAUCUCUACUUUUUCAAAAUAAACAAAGGGGCCUCACCUGGGUUUCCUAUGGGCCUCUCUUCCACAUCCCUAAAGUGGCCAAGAGCAAAUCUUGGGGGGUAAGAAAAAAGUAUAAACUAGGUAGGAUUGUGAUGCUCAAAAUAACCGUCUAGCAAUAUCCUGGAGCUUGAGAAUGGAUUUUGUGGGCUUAUUUCUUCUUGCCUCUUCCCCAUCCUUUCAAGAGAGAGCUUAUUUUUGAAAAGUAUAUGUGUGUAUAUAUAUAUACAUACAUAUGCAUACAUAUACACACACAUUAUUGUUUAGGUUUUUAUACCAUACUGUAUUGGCAAGAGUACCACUAUCAUUGUCCUUUACAAUCUAUUUCUUCCCCCAAAUCUUGGUCUUUUUUUAUUUUUUAUUUUUUCAUGAACCACACAGGAGACUAAAAUCCUGGUCUUUUCUGUUUCUUCUUUACUUUUUUCCCUGAGUUUCUUUGUCUGCCCCCCUUUGUCUUUCCUGUGUGUUGAACACCAGGUAGUAAAAGGCUAAACGCAAUUUCCUGCAUGUCAGUCUAUUCUUUUUCUACGUUUGACUCCAAUGCAGUGUGUUUAGUAGCUGGCUACUACUAUUUAAAAACUCUUCCUGGUAGAAGACAACCCAAAGACCCUUUUCAAUGAGGUGGUUUUCUCAUUCUACAUCAUCUGGUCUCUAUAGACUGUAGGAUACUUUGCUUUCAAAGAUACUGGGUCAGAGGGUGGGAUGUGCAAUAGGUGAUUUAUCAUGAUGUUUUUCAUUAUCAAUAUUAUAUGGAUGAUUUUCUCCAAUUCUUCUGAAAGAAGAAAUAAGUGACGGGCACUGCUAGAUUCAGCUGUUGAAUGGCUGAAGAGAUGGAGUGUCUGAUCUCCUCUCAAAUUCAUAAAGUGAGAAUUCAUAAACACCCAAUAUUAAGAUUUAUCCAGAUUUUUACAUUUUGAUUUCUUCUCUCUGGGGGGGUGGCAAGUUGAGGGAGCAUUCUUCAUUUUAGCUUUUACGUGACAACCAAACUUGCCUUGACCCCCAUCCCUAGAAUUGGUGCUCUUGGACUAUUGCUGUUACCAUCAUUUUUGGGGGGCCAUCUUCCUAAUGCUACACAUAGCCUGGCAGGGGGGCAGCAGAUGAAAGGGUAUGCUAUUCUGUUUCCAGAUGUUUCUUUAUGUAAAUAUGACGCCAAUGUGAAUCCUGUGUCAAGACCAUAGAGAAUGGUGCUUUUUAUGACAGUUAGCACAUGCAUUUUUAGAAACUACUACAUGUUUUAGAGACUCUUUGCUGUGUAUAUGUAAACUGUAUUGUUCAACUGUUAACAAAUAAUAAAUUAUUUCAUUAUUAAAGAAAA